AAUUUACGACACUUGCGGUCGGAAGACGGCAGUAUGCGUGCACACAUGUGGAGAGCGGUAAGUGUUUCUGGAUUCAGAGUUCUUACUGGAGCGUACGUGUCAUCACAGCGGCUCAGACGAUAUCCUCCAGUGUCUCUCUUCAGUCCAUGUGCCUCUGUGCUGUCCAGAGGCUUGAUGUCAACGCGAUCAGACACCAGGAAGAUGUCAGAGCUCAUGACGAAGCGGAUGGUCUGGGUAGAUUUGGAGAUGACGGGGCUGGACAUCGAUAAGGAUGAGAUUAUUGAGAUGGCUUGCAUCAUUACAGACUCGGACCUAAACAUCAUUGCAGAGGGGCCAAAUUUGAUAAUAAAUCAACCCGACGAUCUUCUUGACGGCAUGUCAGACUGGUGCAAAGAGCAUCAUGGGGAGUCCGGAUUGACUCAAGCCGUGAGAGACAGUGACAUCACUCUCCAGCAAGCCGAAUAUGAGUUCCUGUCCUUCAUCCGACAGCACACGCCACCAGGCCAAUGUCCUCUCGCAGGAAACUCUGUUCAUGCCGAUAAGAAGUUUCUGGAUAAAUACAUGCCUCAGUUCAUGCGACACCUGCACUAUCGCAUCAUAGACGUGAGCACUAUUAAGGAGCUGUGCAGACGAUGGUAUCCGGACGAGUACAAGCUCGCACCACAGAAAAAAGCAUCUCAUAGAGCAUUGGAGGACAUCCAGGAGAGCAUUAGGGAACUGAAGUUUUACAGAGCCAAUGUUUUCAAAACUGUGUUGGAGGAGAAAAAGAGAAAAAUAGUUGAAAAUGGUGAUAAGAAGCCUUUGAACUAAUCUGCAAGCACAGGAGAAACCCAUCUGGAGUGAUUUUAGGACGUUUGGGGGAUGUGUUGACGUUCUCAUGGUUCCUUUACAGUUUUAGUUUUCAUAUCGGUGAAAAGCUUUGUUAAAAAUAUAUUUUUUAAUGUUAUGCAGACAUUAACAUUAAAUUAUUUUGUGCAGGUUCAUUUUAUCCCACUUCAGGAAUCUGAUUUGUUGGUUUUUCAUUAAAUCAUGACGGUGUGCAGUAAUGAAACAAACGUGUGUUUGAAUCGAUUCCUUUGUUUGAGAGUGUUAUUAUCACACCUUGUAUUUGAAAUAAAAUAAUUUGUUGUAA